CAGCCUCCUUCCAAGCCAGGAUGGAGGAAGCGCCUAGGUGUCCGUGGGAGCACGAUGAGGUAGCGGCCCCGGAGGUCGCCAUGGCUACCGAGCCUGCGUUGGAGCCCACAGUGCCGUCACUAGUGGAUCGUUACUUCACUCGCUGGUACAAAGCGGAUGUCAAGGGAAAACCCUGCGAGGACCACUGUAUACUACAGCACUCUAACCGAAUAUGUGUCAUCACAUUGGCAGAAGCUCAUCCAGUUCUUCAAAGUGGAAAAACAAUUAAAAGCAUUUCCUAUCAAAUCAGUACCAACUGUAGCAGGCUUCAGAACAAGGUGUCUGGGAAAUUUAAACGGGGGGCCCAGUUUCUAACAGAGCUUGCACCUCUGUGUAAGAUUUACUGCUCAGAUGGAGAAGAAUACACUGUAUCUAGCUGUGUUCGAGGACGAUUGAUGGAAGUGAAUGAAAAUAUUCUCCAUAAGCCUUCUAUUCUUCAGGAGAAGCCAUCCACUGAAGGUUACAUUGCAGUUGUGCUGCCCAAAUUUGAAGAAAGUAAAAGCAUCACAGAAGGGUUACUGACACAAAAACAGUAUGAGGAAGUUGUGGUGAAACGUAUUAAUGCCGUAACUGCUGCAUCGUGAGCACGGAGGUGGAAUAAAAAGCAAUGUGGCGUUGAUCGGUGCGUAAAGAAGCCCUGGCGUGCUGCGGGCAGCACACUCGACAGCCGGCCUUCCGCUCAGAAGCCUCGCUGCCCAUUUUUGUCUUCAGCCUCCCAGAUCUGCCCUGCCAGGGACUCACACUGCUAUUUUUUGCUUUUCUAUUUCUAAAUGCUGGCAAACAAAAGAUGUUGGGGUAUUUUUUGUUUGUUUUUUAAUUAAAAACAAGCAAAAUACUUUGAGGAAAUUUGGAAAAGACGAAGGUUUUAAGUAGCAAGUAAAAAUAAUUUACCCAUCAUCCUGUAACUCAUCAGUAAAUGCUACAUUUUGACAUACUUAUAUUUGAAUGUCAGUUCAGGGUUCACUGGUUUUGCUCAAACUUCCAUCCGUUUGAAGGUAAAAGAAACAAGAGCUGGCCUUCCUUACCCCUUCUCUUUCCAUGUGACCCUACCAAAAAGUCUAGUCCCACCCCUUCUGCCUUAAUUCCUCUCCAGGUCACAGGGGAGAGGCAGCAUGUAGAGUGAACCUUCUCCAGCCCUGCCACCUGAUGGCCUUCCUCUGAAACAAAGUAGAACUGGAACGCUGUGGUUCUUGUACGACGGCCAGCACAAAAGGGCUUUGAAAUGUGCAAAGGGCUUGACUUAAAAUACAAAGGGCUUUCCUAACUUGCGGGGUAUUGUAAUGUAGACAUACAUUGUAAUAACAGGGUAAUGAGCAAAGAAGAAGUUACUGUAUUUCAAAGAUACAGGUCUUUGAACAGAACAAAAGCUUUUAUAGCAUUUGAACUAAAAAGCUGAAUUUAUGAUUUAAGAUUGUAUACUUAUGUCCCCUGAAUUUUAAAUAAGAGACUUUAAAAAUUGUUAUUUUUCCUUAAGGGCUGCAACAUGUGUACCUUUAAAUACCUGUUUUUAAAUAAAACAAUCGUUUAAUACAGAAGAAAUCACUUGAUGUGCAAAUCUGUUUGGUUCCCUGUGCCCCUCUGCUGUAGAAGUCAUUGUAUCCCUUCCCCACCCCGACUUGCAC